AUGACUACUGAUAUUUCCUUACCACUAGCCAGCGAUAUAUGGUCAUGUAUAGCAUGUACAUCUCUAAAUCCACUCUCGACCUUUCCAAUGUGUCAGAUUUGUGAAACAGACAACGAUUCGAUCAUCACAGUAUCAACAGCAGGCAAUUGGUCAUGUGCUGUUUGUACUUAUAUUAAUGGUUCUACCACUCAACAUUGUGAAAUCUGUGGUAAUAUACCGAACAUCUUGCCUUCAAUUAAGAAUGAGGAUGAUGGGCGAUGGGAAUGCCCAUGCUGUACCUAUGAUAAUUCAAAAUAUAUUGAUACAUGUAUCAUAUGUGAAAGAGGAACACAAAGACAUAUGGAUAAAAUAAUGUCUGAUGUUCACAACAACUGCCUCCAUAACAGUCAAAGUUCAUUGAUCAACAGCUUCAAUUCUUUAAAAAAUGAUACAAUGAUUGACAGACUUCUUACAGCAACUAACGAUCAUACCAAGAUUGCAGUUGCUGACCCUCAAGCAUUCAAUAAUGGUUUUGUAGAACAACGGCAACAAGCAAUUAACACUCAUUUCUAUCGAAAAACUGUUGAAUCAUGGAACCCACAUUCACUUCAGCAGCUUGUCGAAACUAUGAAAGUUUUCUCGAAAGACUAUUCGCGAGCUAAUCAAUGUUGGCUUAGUUUCUGUUGGAUUGCAUAUAAUAUUGGCUACGAUACUGUGUCAUAUUUUAGCAAAAAUUACCCAGAUCAAUCAGUUGAGGAAGUAUUUCGAACAAAGAAGGCUAUAUGUGGCGGUUAUAGCAAUCUAUAUAAAUAUUUAUGUGAUCAGUUGGCUAUUCCAUGUAAAGUGAUAAGCGGAUAUGCGAAAGGAUAUGGAUUUGAACAUGAUAAAAAUGCAUUAUACGAAACGAAUCAUGCAUGGAAUGCUGUUGAAAUCGAACAAAGUUGGUAUUUAAUAGAUUCAACAUGGGGCAGUGGAUAUCUAGAUAAACACAAAUUAUUUAAACGUCAUUUGAAUCCCUACUAUUUCCUUUCACGUCCUGAUCAAAUGAUCUAUAAUCAUUUACCAGAGAAUGAAAUAUGGCAAUUAUUACAGCGACCUAUUUCAAGGACUCAAUAUAUGCAAAUGCCAGAAGUUUAUCCAGCUUUCUUUGAAUUUAAUAUUGAACUCAUAAGUCCACGUCAGCAAGCACAUGUGGCACUCAUUCUAGGUCAACCAUAUGGAUUGGUUUUAAUACGAGCACCUGCUAACAUAGAGCUCACAGCACAUUUUAAUUUAUUCGAUAAGAAAGUCAAUGGUGGCUGUCGGAUUAUAUUCGACUCAAAAAAAGAACUUUACCUCUGCUACUUUGCACCAAAUCGUAUUGGCAAGCAUGAUAUAACGAUAUUUGGAAUGGAUAAUGAUUCAGUUGAGAAAUUACAGAAACCAGUGCUCCACAUACCAUUUGAUGUUACUGAAAUGAUUCAAAAUCCUGUGAGUUUUCCGAUGACAACAAAAGCCUUUUAUGACUUAAAUCUAGAAGUUCUUUCGCCAAAAAAGACGCAUUUGAUCAAAGUCGAUAAUGGAACUAAAACUGCACUCAUUAUGAUUCGAGCACCGUAUGAUGUUGAACUUGUUGGUCAUCUCCAGGAUAAAAGUCAGAACAAUAUUGCAAAUGCGCACUCAAUAUACUACGACAAGCAAGAAGGUUUUUGGAAAUGUUAUUUUGCUCCUAAUGAAAAUGGUAUGUUCGACGCUCAUAUUUUUGCUAGAAAACAAUCCAAUACGCAAAGAUACACGCUUGUUGUCACAUUUCAAAUCGAAGCAAAAGAAAUUUCAAAAUCACCCCUAACUUAUCCACACAUGUGGCAAUUAUUUCACGAUCUUAAUCUCGAAGUCGAAUCACCGAAAAAUUGUUCCACUAUUAUCUGGUCAAAAACUGUUCCAUAUGUUGAAAUUCUCAUGCGUGCAUCCAAUAAUGUUCAACUUACAUGUAGUAUCCAUAACAAUGAUGUCUAUGUUGAAAAUGGAACAUUGGCACAAUUCAAUAGAGAGAGGAAUCUAUGGCAAUUACUAUUUGCACCUCAACGCACUGGUGAACAUAAGCUGAAUAUUUUUGCUAAGCAAAUGACUAGUGUCAAAUCUGCUGUUGUUGUUCAAUUUAACAUGCAUGUAACAGAACUCCAACGGCCAAUGAAGUUUCCCAUCAUUUAUAGUCAUAUUAAAACUAGUAAAAUUAGGAUUUACGAACCCAUUGAUGGUACACUAAAAAAAGGUUCGACUGUACUGAUUCAUUGUAUGAUUCCAAACGCAACAGAUGUCUUUAUAAUGGUUGAUUCGAAAUCGAUCACACCACAGGAAUAUCAGAAUUCUAUUUUAAAAACAAAACUCAUCGUCGGUUCAAAAGAUGUUGUGGUUUACGCUAAAUACGAACAAGGAGCAUAUUAUGAAUCAGUUAUUGCAUAUUUUGUAGGAUGA